UCCACGAACCCAUGCCACUGUGCGAUGCAUCUGGAAUUCCCCAAUGUCCAGACUCUUGUAGAUAUCUCUGGAACAUCUAAAUUAUAAUUAUUCACAGUCAUUUCAACGGAAUCUAAUUGUUCUGAAUACAUCGGGCGUCAAUCCGGCAGCACGUGGUGCGUAUUGUGCGAGCGUUCCGAAGAAGCCAACGAGAAGUAAUUGACCGGUGCGAUCCUCUGCGACGGUGAGCUUCUCCCAUGGCGACGACACCGGAAAGGAAAGUGAUGGUGGUGGCGAUCGAUGAGAGCGAGCACAGCGCCUACGCACUCAACUGGACUCUUUGUCAUUUCUUCACGCCCAUGCCUAGUCCUCUGUUUAAGCUUGUUCUUGUUCAUGCCAAACCUUAUGCGACCUCCGCCCUCGGCAUCCCCGGUCCUGGAUUUGCUGAAGUUUUGCCCAUUGUUGAUGGGGAUUUGAAGAAGAAGGCCGCCAAAGUUGUUGAAAAAGCUAAAGAGAUUUGCCGCAAGAAAUCGGUAACUGACGUAGAAGUAGAAGUAACGGAAGGUGACCCAAGAAAUGUGAUUUGUGAAGCUGUGGACAAACAUCAUGCUUCCUUAUUGGUGGUGGGAAGUCAUGGUUAUGGGGCUAUUAAAAGGGCGGUGUUAGGGAGCAUAAGUGACUAUUGUGCUCAUCACGCUGCCUGUACUGUGAUGAUCGUCAAGAAGCCCAAAACCAAACACUGAUGUCCUUUGCCUGCGCCUUCAAUGGAUGUUAAUUACUUGUAAAGUGAUCAUAGUUCCCCCCCCCCCCAAAAAGUUCAAUGUAAUAUAAUGGAUGUUAAUUACAUUCUAGUGUUGAAUAUAAUGUUGUUAUAUGUUGUUCAUGAUGUAAUUAAAUGAUUUUGCGUUUUAGUCCUUAUUUUCGUACAUGUUUUGCUUUUUAUUCAAUAAUAAUAUUGAAAUUUAAAUUGAA